AUGCCUCUUUUCGGAAAACGCGCUGAGCCUGCUCCACCCACACCUCCACCUGCCACCGCUACAAGCGGCUCCUCCUCUCGUCGCUCGCGCUCCAUGUUUGCCCGCCGCCGCUCGAGCUCAAGCAUGAGCUCUGUCAAUUCCGAUACCCAGCCUCGCCGUAGAGGCCUGUUCGGCAUGGGCGGCCAACGCAAGGAUCCUAACGUACUGGCUGCGCGCGAGAAGCUAUCAGCGGCUGAAAAGGCUGAAAGUGAGGCCGAUCGUGCUCUGGAGCUUGCUCGUCGUGCUGUCCUCGAGGCCCGUGAACAUUGCAAGCAACUCGAAGCACAGGCUGUUGAAGAAGCUCGCCUUGCAAAGGCCAAGCGCACUGAGGCUAAGGGCCUUGGAAAGCAAGCCAGGGGUCUCGGUCGCCACAACUAA